AAUGCGAGCAUUUCACACAGGGUAUCCGUAACUUUAGGGUUUCAGUUGAACAUCAUGCAUCCCGUUCUAUUCUUGGCCUUUUUCUUCUUUUUUACACCGGUUGUACCGGUUAGCAACCCAUUUGGUCGCAUUUCUAAUGGCUUCAAUGGAGCCGAGAAUGGCGCCGUUGACGCAGGACGUUAUCCUUUCAUGGUUUCGGUGACCUUUAAUGACAAUCAUAUUUGCGGAGGUUUCAUCUAUAAUUCUCGAUUUAUCGUUACUGCAGCAUCUUGCGUCUACCAGAAAACUACUUCCCAAGUUCAAGUAACGGUAGGUCAAAUUUCAUUGAUACUUCCAGAUCCGGGUGAAUUGCGUCUUCAACUUCGGAGCAUAAUUGUUCACGAGGCCUACAAUCAUGCGACAAGAUUUAACGACAUUGCCAUGCUUGAGACGUCCCAAGCAUUGGAAUUCGGUCCGAAUGUUAACUACAUUCCAUACAACGCAGUUACUGGUAGUCUGGCCACCAUAAUUGGAUGGGGCGCCUUUGACGCAACGAAAGUGGUGUCAACCAAGCUACGCGAAGCCCCGACCAGCUCACCUAUUAACUGUGAUCUUUUCCCUGCUGAUGUUUUCGAUCAAAAUACAAUGUUUUGCUGGGGUCGGACAGAUGUCGGCGGUGGCGCGCGACCGUGUCAAUAUGACGAAGGUUCGCCAUUAUUUUACCCGACAUCCGAAACAACGUUUUACGCCAUGGGUAUCGUUUCCAAAAACUUGGGCUGUGGAGACAGCGAUAUCUUCGAGACGAUUUAUACUCGACUAUCGGCCUAUUAUGGUUGGAUGACGAGGACGGGUGGUCUUCAGCCUUCACUCGCAACGGAAUAACAAAUGAUUACAAAUCCAUAAUACAUUGUAUGAAUACAAAUAAAGUAUGUGAACCUCA